GUGCAGUGUCUCUGUAUUUCUACCCAAAUGGGUUCCCAUCUUUUUCCCAUUCAACCACUCAAACCACACCUCCUUCAACCCUCCCCUGUUCUGAUUUCAUCCUCAAUCCUCAAUCUGAUCUGUGUCCCCAUUCAAUUCCUCCUUGGGAGGUUAUUUGCUCUUCAUUUAUUCGGUUGCUGCAGCAAUGGUCAUGACCUCAGAUGCUAAGUUUCAUGUUCUUGCUGUUGAUGACAGCCUCAUAGACAGAAAAUUGAUUGAGAAGCUCCUCAAAACCUCUUCUUACCAAGUCACAGCAGUUGAUUCUGGAAGUAAGGCCUUGCAGCUUUUGGGUCUGCAAGAGGAUGAACAGAAAGGUUCAAGCCCUCCCUCUGCUUCUCCUAACCAAGAUCCUCACCAGGAGAUGAAUGUAAAUUUGAUUAUUACAGAUUAUUGUAUGCCUGGAAUGACAGGCUAUGAUCUCCUAAGAAAAAUCAAGGAAUCCAAAUCUCUGAAAGACAUACCAGUUGUGAUCAUGUCUUCUGAGAAUAUCCCUUCGAGGAUCAGCAGAUGCUUGGAAGAAGGGGCAGAAGAUUUCUUCCUGAAGCCAGUUCAACUCUCAGAUGUAAGCAAGCUGAGACCCCAUCUGCUGAAGGGUAAAGCUAAAGAACAGCAGCUUCACAUUAAUGUGAAAGAUGAGCAUAGAGGCAAUUCUGCAGAGAGAAAAAUUACGAGAGACAGAACUAUUGGGUUGGAGGUUGGGAACUGUGUCAUCAGUGCAGAGAAUUUGCUGAGAUGGAAAAUACAGAUCACAGUCUCCAUUUUCUUUCUACUGAUUUUUCUUUCUCCAAGCUGGAUCUUACAGCCUCAAUAGAAGUUCAAAUAGUUUAGGAAGAUGUGAUACAGGCUCCCAUGUAAAUUUUCCAUACAAAGAGUUUUCAUCAGUUCAAUUUUGUUAUUUGACAAACAUUUUGGCUGCAAAUAUCUGUUAUAUAUAUAUAUAUAGAUAUAUAUAUAUAUAUAUUUGGAAAUGCCACAGCCAUGUUGUGUAGCUGAAACUUAUUUGUUCAUUUAUAUAAAUAUUUUGAGUUAGAAUCUAAA